CCUGGUAGCAGGCGCGGCGCUCUCUCUGGGGGGUGGUUUCCGAGCAGGAGUCACCUGGCUCCUUGAGGUUCGCUCUCGCUCAGCUCCACUUUUGGGUUUCUGGUGGCCUGCAGUUCUGCUCGCCAUGGCGGCAGGCCCGGGGACGACCGCUGAUACGGGCCCUACGGCUAGAAUUGGAGAGGAGGAAGAUGAACAUGUCAAACCUUUUACUCCAGAGAAAGCAAAAGAAAUUAUCAUGUCUUUACAACAACCUGCGAUCUUCUGUAAUAUGGUUUUUGAUUGGCCAGCACAACACUGGACUGCUAAACACCUUUCUGAGGUCCUUCAUGGCAAACAGAUACGAUUCAGGAUGGGAAUGAAAAGCACAGAUACAGUUCCUCAAUUUGAAACUGCAUGUAGUUACGUAGAAGCUACACUGGAAGAGUUUUUGACCUGGAACUGCGGCCACUCCAGUACUCUUGGACCAUUUAGGGAUUAUGAUUAUUCCAAAUUCUGGGCUUAUGCUGACUAUAAAUACGUUGCCAGUCUAUUUGAAGACAAGACAGAUAUUUUUCAGGACGUCAUAUGGUCUGACUUCGGGUUUCAUGGAAGAAAUGGACGGGAAAGUACAUUGUGGAUUGGCUCCCUGGGGGCUAAUACACCCUGUCAUCUGGACUCCUACGGUUGCAAUUUAGUAUUCCAGGUACAAGGAAGGAAAAGAUGGCAUCUCUUUCCUCCUGAAGAUACUCCUUUCCUUUAUCCAACUAGAAUCCCUUAUGAAGAAUCUAGUGUGUUUAGUAAAAUCAAUGUCGUCAAUCCUGACUUAAAGCGUUUUCCUCAGUUCCAGAAAGCUCGAAGACAUGUGGUUACGCUGAGCCCAGGACAGGUUCUGUUUGUUCCCAGACACUGGUGGCAUUACGUGGAAUCCAUCGAUCCUGUCACUGUCAGCAUAAACUCGUGGAUUGAGCUGGAAGAGGACCACCAAGCUCGGGUAGAAGAGGCAAUCACCCGCAUGCUUGUCUGUGCCCUGAAAACUGCAGAGGACCCACACAGUACCAGAGCAUGGCUAAACCCAACUGAGGUUGAGGACACAUCUCAUGAAAUCAAUUGCCUUUACUUAAAUAGAGCUGUUUCUGCCUUUUUUGAUCAUUACAGAGCAUCUAAGACAGUAGAAAUCCAAGUGCUCAGAACAAACAGAGAGUGCAUGAAAAAGGAAGAAUUAAAUAUGCACAACCUCUUGGAGGUAGAACAAACAGGUAGUCAGAACUUAACCUUGGGAACCGUAAAACAGAAGGCAGCAAGUUCCUUUGGCCCUGCUCUGGUUCCUGUACUACCAAGCUCUGAAGAACCACCUUCACAAAGAGGAGAGAUAUUUAAAAAUGAUGGUAAAGACUUGGUUGGCAAAGAUGGAGAGCACUUUGGAAAAUUACACUGCACCAAGAAGCAACAAAUGAGGAGUAAAAGUGAGAAUGCACUCGUUGAACCAAUUGCUUCAAAUAGUACUGGGGCCCCGUCUCAAGCAUGCAUUUCUACAGAUGACUUGCUGGACUGCUUGGUGCAUCCACAAGUAACCAAGAUAGUGGCACAACUUUUGAUACAAGGAAGAAGUUUGUGAUUAUAAUAGAAAAUGACUUUUUAAAUAAUAUUUUAAAAUAUUUUUAAA